UCUCUUCUUUUUUUUUCUUCUCUCUCUCUCUCUGACCCUCACUGGACCCGAAUAUAUACACACAUUUCCAACAAGCAGUCUGCUCUCCCACUCCUUUCUAUUCCCAGCUGUAAGAGGAUACAAUUCCAAGAACACAAGGCUUUGUUGUGCUGCUCCUACUUCAGAGAAGGGUAGGAGGGAGUUAGUCGUGGGUUUGGGGCGGGGCGGGGGAUGCAGGAUGCCUGGGUCCCCAGUCCCUACCAGUAAAUCCCCACUCAUUGGUCUCCUUUCCGUUCAGCCUCACACCAACCAUGCUGCUUCAAGAGUCCUGACAGCUCCAAUAACAGGUAGGAGGAACUGAAAGGCUCUGCCUUCAGACUCUACCUUUGCCCAACGACUUCUGUGCCAUCUGCCAAGGCCAGAGGGUAAAGUGCUAGGGUUGGGUAUGAAGAAAAGGUGAACACAGUCAAACGUUGUUUUAUGCACCUAAAUCUCCACCCUAGUCUUAAGGAAAGGAUAUGGAUUUUGAGAGAAAAGGCUGUGCAUAGACAAGUCCGAGGCGGAGCUGAGGAACUCGGAGGAGAGGUGGGCAAUUAUCUCAGGCAGGGUCAAGCAAUGUGAAGCCAUGUGGAGAAGGAAAUGCACCUAGGUCUAGGGUUGUGUGUGAAUUGUGGAACUCUGGCCUUGCCUCUCUGGGUUCUCCUGAAUGUGGAAUCAUUGACUUGGGCAGGCGCGUCCAAAGUGAUGAUUUGGAGAUUGGAGGGCCGGCCAAUUGCUGACCAGUCGCUGGGUGGUUCCAAUCAGCACCCUGACCCCUACCUUGGCUUUCCUGGGAAGGGAUGAUGGGAGAGGCUUUGACUAAUUAGAAAAGAAAGAUAGAAGUAGAGCUGCCCCAGGCAUGGGAAGACAGAAGCGUAGGAGUGGAGAAAGUGGCACAAACCAGAGCCCUGGAGAUACUCUGAAGGCCCGGAGCAGAUUGUGUUGGAAAGCUGGCAACAGCGGUGGGCUUGGGCGCGGCAGGAGGGCAGGCUGGGUCGGGGGCGGGCAGUGUGUCGUCAGGAGCUGGGCGGCCCCGCAGCGGCCGCGUCUUCCUAACCCGUCCCCUCCUGUCCAGCUCGGGCUCCGGCGCCCCUGCUCUGACCGUGCGCUCUCUUGGGUCAAGGUAGAGCCCCCGCGAGCCCCGUGCCACUCGCACACUCUCGCACCCGGCCAAAAGGGCAGCGGAAGGGGCCGCCCCACCGACUGGGUGAGGGCUGCGGCGUCCAGAGAAGGAAGCGUUGACAGCUGGAAGCUGCUGCUGGAAGGGUUUGCGCUGGGACUCCGGGACUGCCGUAGCGCUGCGCAAGACGCAAGACCGGGGCUAACCCUCUGAAAAACAAGAAGCUGUACUACCAGGCUGUCUCUGUGAUCAACUUCAGGAAGAGAAGAAGGAUGGCCAAAGAGAAGGGCCUCAUCAGCCCAGAAGACUUCGCUCAGCUGCAAAAGUACAUAGAAUACUCCACCAAAAGGGUCAGCGAUGUACUGAAGGUCUUUGACGAUGGUGAGAUGAACAGAUUUUGCCAGGGAGAUGUAAGUGGCACGGGGGAUGUACUGAAGGUCUUUGACGAUGGUGAGAUGAACAGAUUUUGCCAGGGAGAUGUAAGUGGCACGGGGCACUCUUUCCUCAACUACCUCUCCACUGGGAUCCCCAACUUCUGGGGAUUUUUGUGGGCCCACUUCUUGCUUUCUCCCCUGUAAAGACCCCGUUGUUGGUUGUUACUGUAGCUAUUGCUUUAGAACAAAACAAGAGAUCCUAGUUAACUCUGGAGAUGGCCUAAGAAACCAUAUUCUGCCUCUUGUGCUUAUCAGAACUCUGUAUCCAUCAUCUACCCCCAUUCCUCAGUCCCCAGCUUCUCCAUCUUGCAGACUCCUCAAAAUAACACUCACUUUUAUCACAGGCCAUUGGGUACCUAGGAUUUGAACAAUUCAUGAAAAUGUAUCUGGAAAUGGAGGAGGUUCCCCAUCACCUAUGCUGGGCUCUGUUUUGGUCCUUCCAUACUAGUCAAGUUGCGGCUGAGAAGACCAAGUCAAAAGCCAAUGUGAUCUGUCUCAGUGAUGUGUACUGCUACUUCACCCUCCUAGAAGGUGGCCGGCCAGAAGACAAGCUAGAGUGAAGUGGAAAAAAUCAUCCUUCAGAUGAUGCGAGUGGCCGAAUAUCUAGACUGGGAUGUGUCUGAGCUGAGACCGAUCCUUCAGGAGAUGAUGAGAGAGAUGGAUCAGGACGGCAGUGGCUCUGUGUCUCUAGACGAGUGGGUCCGUGCUGGGGCUACCACAGUGCCACUGCUUGUGCUCCUGGGGAUGGACGUGACUAUGAAAGAUGAUGGCAACCAUAUAUGGAGACCCAAGAGAUUCACCAGACUGGUCUACUGCAACCUGUGCGAACAGAGCAUUAGCCUUGGCAAACAGGGCCUGAGCUGUAACUUCUGUAAGUACAUUGUUCAUGACCACUGUGCCAUGAAGGCCCAGCCUUGUGAAGUCAGCACCUAUGCCAAGUCUCGGAAAGACAUUGGUGUCCAGUCACACUUAUGGGUUCGAGGAGGCUGUCAUUCCGGGCGUUGUGACCGCUGCCAGAAAAAGAUCCGGACCUACCACAGCCUAACAGGACUGCACUGUGUGUGGUGCCACCUGGAGAUCCAUGAUGACUGUCUGCAGGCUGUAGGUCCUGAGUGUGACUGUGGGUUGCUCCGUGAUCAUAUCCUGCCUCCGUGUUCCAUCUACCCCAGCGUCCUGGUAUCUGGACAAGAGUGCAAACACAAGACCACAGAUGAUACAAGCCUGUGCACCCCUGAGGCUUUUCGGAUUGAACCCGUUUCUAACACCCACCCCCUUCUAGUCUUCAUCAAUCUUAAGAGCGGAGGCAAGCAGGGGCAGAGUGUGCUUUGGAAAUUUCAGUACAUUCUGAACCCGCGGCAGGUGUUCGACCUGAAGGAUGGUCCGGAGCCAGGGCUCAGAUUCUUUAAAGAUGUUCCUCAGUUCCGGAUAUUGGUGUGUGGUGGAGAUGGCACAGUAGGCUGGGUUCUAGAGACCAUUGACAAAGCCAACUUUGCCACUGUGCCUCCCGUUGCUGUGCUGCCCCUGGGCACUGGAAAUGAUCUGGCUCGGUGCCUAAGAUGGGGAAGAGGUUAUGAAGGUGAGAAUUUGAGAAAGAUUCUCAAGGAUAUAGAGCUAAGUAAGGUGGUAUAUCUCGACCGAUGGUUCCUGGAAGUGAUUCCCCAACAAAAUGGAGAAAAGAGUGAUCCAGUUCCCUCUCAAAUCAUCAAUAACUACUUCUCCAUUGGCGUGGAUGCUUCUAUCGCUCACCGAUUCCAUCUCAUGAGAGAGAAAUAUCCUGAGAAGUUCAAUAGCAGAAUGAAGAACAAGCUUUGGUACUUUGAGUUUGCCACAUCUGAGUCCAUCUUCUCAACAUGCAAAAAGCUGGAAGAGUCUGUAACCGUUGAGAUAUGCGGGAAGCUGCUGGAUCUGAGCGACCUAUCCCUAGAAGGCAUUGCGGUAUUGAACAUCCCGAGCACGCACGGUGGCUCCAACCUCUGGGGUGACACCAAGAGACCUCAUGGGGAUACAUGUGAGAUCAACCAGGCAUUGGGCAGUGCGGCCAAAAUAAUCACAGACCCCGAUAUCCUGAAGACCUGUGUGCCAGACAUGAGUGACAAGCGGCUGGAAGUGGUAGGAAUAGAGGGUGCAAUUGAGAUGGGCCAGAUCUAUACCAGGCUCAAGAGUGCUGGACACCGGCUGGCCAAGUGCUCCGAGAUCACAUUCCAGACCACAAAAACCCUCCCCAUGCAAAUUGACGGGGAGCCCUGGAUGCAGGCACCCUGUACAAUCAAGAUCACCCAUAAGAACCAGAUGCCUAUGCUUAUGGGUCCACCUUCCAACUCCUACAAUUUCUUUGGCUUUUGGAGCUGAAGAAGCUCUCUGCCUUGAGCCUACCUCCCAGUUCCUGAAGAUUUCCUACUGUCUAGAUGCUGCCACACCUUCCUGCCAGCCAGCCCAGAGGGAUGUUCCAUCACCUUCACAGUAUUUAUUAUCCUCUGCCACCUCACUGCUCCCAUACAGACAUCCUUACACAACCAGCAACGCAACAAGGAACACUGAAAAAAUGCCUCAUUCUAAUAAAGUGACUUUCUCCAUUACCCUUACCCCUCUACAGACAGAUUUAAAAGCAGACAGAACAAAUAAACGAACAGCAACAAAAGCC